AUGAGGUUGAACCCAUCGAAAUGUGCUUUCGAGGUCCAGUCAGGGAAAUUCUUGGGCUUCAUCGUAUCGGAGAGAGGAAUUGAAGCUUCUCCAGAUAAGAUAGAGGCCCUAAUUAAUAUGAGGCUGCCAAAGAAUCUGAACGAGACUCAACAACUGGCAGGGAGAGUGGCUGCCCUAGGAAGUCCAUCCCUUUUAAAGCGACUAGAGAAGGGAGAUGUACUCUAUGCGUAUCUAGCAGUCUCCCAGCAGGCUGUAUCCGCCUUCCUCAUAAAGGACGAAGAAGCUGUGCGACAUCCGAUAUAUUAUGUGAGUCGAGCACUCAGAGGAGCAGAAGCCAAAUACCCUCGAAUUGAAUUGUUGGCAUUUGCCUUGGUAGUGGAGGCUAGGAAGCUCCAUCCUUAUUUCCAGGCCCACGCAGUGAAGGUACUGACAGAAGCUCCAUUGGCAAAAAUACUGAGGAAGCCAGAUUGUACAGGGAGGCUGAUAGGUUGGUCAAUCAAGCUGAGUGAGUUCGAUAUAGAGUACGAGCCAAGGAAAGCCAUAAAAGGGCAAGCAAUGGUGGAUUUUGUAGCAGAAUUCUUAGGUUUUCCCCAGGAAGAGGUGAUAGCACCGACAGGAAAGCCCUGGGUAUUGUUUAUAGACGGGUCAUCCUGCCGAACAGGCGGAGGCAUGGGAAUACAUUUACUGAGCCCCGACGGUCAAGAACAGUAUUACAUGGUCACACUGGCGUUCAAAGUAACUAACAAUGAAGUUGAGUAUGAAGCAUUGUUAGCGGGUUUGUCUGUGGCUGCCCAGAUUUGGGCAAUUGAAGUAGACGCUAGGUCGGAUUCACAAGUAGUAGUAAAUCAAGUUUUGGGCGUGUACGCUGCAAAGGGCGAAAAGUUGAAGAAAUAUCUGGCACGAGUUUGGGAAGUACGCGAUCUCUUUUCAUACUUCGCUAUAACUCAGAUACCAAGGGUGGACAAUGAGGUCGCAGAUAGAUUGGCACGAGCGGCGUUAGGAGAGGAGGAAGUACCCCUACCAUGGCCAGUCGAGAGAAGGGUUGUCGAGGUCCCAGCUAUGGGUGUCGAAGUAGGAGUUCUGGGGUCAAGUACCCCAGACUGGGUGAGUAGUAUAGUGGAGUACUUGGAUGGAGGAAAAUUGUCGAAAGCAAGAGAAGAGGCAAGAAAGAUAAAGAAAAGGGCGGCCAGGUUCCCACUCAUCGAUGGAAUCCUUUAUAAAAGAGGUUUCUCUGUUCCUUUACUACGAUGCAUCUCCGCACAAGAAGCACAGUAUGUCCUGGCUGAGAUACACGAAGGGAUAUAUGGAAACUACAGUGGGGGAAGAACCUUGGCUAGGAAAGCGGUUCGGGCAAGCUAUUACUGGCCUAAUGCUCUGAGGGACACGCGAGAGUUCGCUAAGAGGUGUGCAAAAUGCCAGACUUAUGCACCUAUACCGCAUGCCCCUCCAGAGGAAUUAGCAUCAGUAACAACACCAUGGUCAUUCACCCAGUGGGGGGUAAAUCUGGUGGGACCCUUCCAGCCAGGAAAAUGUGGUGUUAAAUUCAUGAUAGUCGUUGACUAUUUUACAAAAUGGGCAGAAACGGAGCCCUUGGCGACAAUCACAGGCAAAGCCGUGAAAAAGUUCUUGUGGAAAAAUGUCGUCUAUAGGUUUGGGAUUCCCCACAGUAGUGUAACCGAUAAUGGGCACCAGUUCGAUUCAGAUCACUACAGAGAAUGGAUGCUGGAACUCAUGCACGCUGAAGAGAUCAAUAAACCUGCAGCAAAGAAACUCACACGGACGGACAUCACACACUCGGAAAGCAGGAGCAAUGCAGCUCAUGCAUCAUUUCUUUGGAAAGCAGGAACACACCGAAUAUAUCAUGCUGGACGCAGCACGUUGCAGGAGAAGAAUGGGAGGCAUAGAGGAUUAUUCGGUUUUAGCUUUUGCAUAGAAGCACGUUGA